AUGCGAAUAACAACAAGAUGGAUCCCCACACAGAAUCCACCAGACGAGAAACUCCAUUCCGCACUGCUGCUGAGUCGUCGGACUUAUCCACCAAGGGAUUCGUGGGAUUUCUAUGGAUUCGCCUCCUUUUCUUUUGGGUAUGCAGGUACUACGAGUCCUCUCACUACCAACCAGCAGACAUCAUCUGGCUGGUCUUGCCCGGGGAGAUCGUAGCAACAAGGAACGCCUAGACGACGUUUUUAUUCCUGGGCUGCAGUAAGCAGAUCGAGAGGUCGUUCCGCCCCUUGUCCCCGAAUAUGGGUAAUAUGUUCUCAAAAAUUCUUGCUCCAAUCUGACCUAGCUGGCGAGCGAUCCCAGUUCGCGGCAGAGAACAAGACAGCAAGCGAGCGUACCUUUGUUCGCUUCUUCUCCACCAAGCACGGAAGUUUAAGGAUAACUGUAGGUCGGUGGCUACCUAAGGAAACUCCGAUUCGAUCCGCCCCCCAGCUGGGAGGCAUCUACCUCAUCCCGAUCACAAGGAGAGGUUCACCAUGAUGGGGGUACUUGUUUUUUUUUCCCUUCCGGAAAGAAAUGCAUAGGGGACCAUCCUUUUGUUGUGUUGCGGCAUGCUCCUAAGAUUUACGGAUUCGCAGGGGGCCUCAGGCCCUACUUAGUUGACUGACAAUGACAAAGGCUUGCGAAACUAAGUAGGGCCUUUUGAAUGAAUUGAAUCUUUAGUAGUCUAUCAGUGGUGCAAAGCGGCUUUGUGCCCCUUUUCAGUAGGGGAGCUAAGGGUUAGACCUUCCUUAGAAAGUCAGCGAACAGCGGUUCUUGUAGGUAUGGCCUUCCCCCUUGACUCUCCUAACGUCGAGCUAAGUGACUUCGUAACCUUUGCGUAGCGUAGUAGAAUGAAGGCUACGCACUGACGCUCUCUUAUCUAUUAGCCUAAGCGUCUUCGCUAACUCGCUCGCCUACUAUACUAUACCCUACUAUACAAUACAUAGGGUAGGCUAACCCAUAGGUCCUUAGUAGCGUUGACAAAGAAGAACAGCCGGUUAAAAGACAGUGAAUCUUUAUAAAUAUAUUUAUAAAAGAUUCUAUAAUAAUGAAAAAGAUAUUUGAUAUAGGCCAGCUUGACAAGCUACCCUUCCUCUUGAUCUUAGGUGCGAAUAGAAAGAUCUCUUUUUUAGUACUUCCACUUAUCUAUCGAUCCCGGCCCGGAAAAGUGACCGACCAGGGCCCUCUUUUUGAAUGAAAGAAAGGCUUUCUGAGCCCUAGCCCUGUAAGCCCACACCUGUGUAGAGUAGAUCGUUCAACACCUGCGGCACAAACCCAUUUUUGACCUAUUGGUCCUAGUAUCAUAGGCGACCGAACGGCCGCCC